GGGCCUCUAGCUCAGCUGCAAAAACCCACAGGGACACCGGGCCCCGGAUAAAUAUUUGCAAGAGGGAAAGGCAAGGGAGGUGGCGUAUUUUGAAAGUCCAUCCUCGCCCUCCUCCACCCACACCUUGGCGGCCUCUGCUAGAUAAAACUGCCCGCUCCUGGUGCCUGUCCCCAGUGACUGUCGCCUGCGGAGCAGCAGGAGCUGCAGGAGCGGCGGGAGCCAUGCCCCGGUACACGGUGCACGUGCGCGGCGAGUGGCUGGCCGUGCCCUGCAAGGACGGGCAGCUCACAGUGGGCUGGCUGGGCCGCGAGGCCGUGCGGAGGUACAUCAAGAACAAGCCGGACAACGGGGGCUUCGCCUCGGUGGACGAGGUGCACUUCCUGAUGCGCCGCUGCAAGGGCCUGGGCCUGUUGGACAACGACGACCCGCUUGAGGUGGCCCUGGAGGACAACGAGUUCGUGGAAGUGGUCAUAGAAGGGGAUGUCAUGUCUCCUGACUUCAUUCCAUCGCAGCCGGAGGGAGUUUACCUGUACAGCAAAUACCGAGAGCCUGAAAAGUACAUCAACUUAGAUGGGGACAGCCUGACCACGGAGGACCUGGUCAACUUGGGCAAGGGGCACUACAAGAUAAAGCUCACCCCGACUGCGGAGAAGAAGGUGCAGAAAUCCAGGGAUGUCAUAGACAGCAUCAUAAAAGAAAAAACGGUUGUGUACGGCAUUACGACCGGUUUUGGGAAGUUUGCCAGAACUGUGAUUCCUAUCAGUAAGCUAGAGGAGCUCCAGCUCAACCUAGUGCGUUCACAUUCUGCAGGUGUUGGGAAACCACUCAUCCCUGAGAGAUGCCGGAUGCUCUUGGCUUUGAGGAUCAAUGUCUUAGCCAAAGGAUACAGUGGCAUUUCCCUAGAGACCCUCAAACAAGUUAUCGAAGCAUUUAAUGCCUCCUGCCUGCCCUACGUUCCAGAGAAAGGAACCGUUGGUGCCAGUGGAGACCUUGCUCCACUCUCUCAUCUUGCUCUUGGCCUAACUGGAGAAGGGAAGAUGUGGUCUCCAAAGAGUGGCUGGGCUGACGCGAAAUAUGUCCUGGAAGCCCAUGGAUUGAAACCAAUAGUCUUAAAGCCAAAAGAGGGUCUGGCGCUCAUCAACGGGACACAGAUGAUCACCUCCCUGGGCUGUGAAGCUGUGGAGAGAGCCAGUGCUAUUGCGAGGCAGGCUGACAUAGUGGCGGCUUUGACCCUGGAAGUGCUCAAGGGCACCACCAGAGCCUUCGAUACCGACAUUCAUGCCGUUCGCCCUCAUCCUGGGCAAAUUGAAGUUGCUUUUCGGUUUCGGUCACUCUUGGACUCAGAUCACCACCCAUCAGAAAUAGCAGAGAGUCACAGGUUCUGUGACCGCGUGCAGGAUGCGUACACCUUGCGCUGCUGUCCACAGGUCCAUGGUGUGGCGAAUGACACAAUAGCGUUUGUGAAGAAAUUGAUUACCACAGAACUAAACAGCGCGACAGAUAAUCCUAUGGUCUUUGCCAGCCGGGGAGAGACCAUUUCCGGAGGAAACUUCCAUGGUGAAUACCCAGCCAAAGCCCUGGACUUUUUGGCCAUUGGUAUCCACGAACUUGCUGCGAUUAGCGAAAGAAGAAUUGAAAGACUCUGUAACCCCUCCCUCAGCGAGCUGCCUGCCUUCCUGGUGAGUGAAGGCGGCCUGAACUCCGGAUUCAUGAUAGCCCACUGCACAGCCGCAGCCCUAGUUUCUGAGAGCAAGGCUCUGUGCCACCCCUCGUCUGUGGACUCCCUCUCCACCAGCGCUGCCACGGAGGACCACGUCUCCAUGGGAGGAUGGGCAGCGAGGAAGGCCCUCAGGGUCAUCGAGCACGUGGAACAAGUGCUGGCCAUCGAGCUGCUGGCAGCCUGCCAGGGCAUCGAGUUCCUCCGCCCCCUGAGGACAACCACUCCCCUGGAGAAGGUCUAUGACCUGGUGCGCUCGGUUGUCAGGCCCUGGAUAAAAGAUCGCUUCAUGGCUCCGGACAUCGAGGCAGCGCACAGACUGCUUGUCGACCAAAAGGUGUGGGAAGUAGCUUCGCCAUACAUCGAAAAAUACAGAAUGGAGCAUAUCCCUGAAUCAAGACCUCUUUCUCCGACGGCCUUUUCCCUGGAGUCUCUGCGCAGGAAAUCCAGCACUGUCCCAGAGUCCACGGAGCUGUAAAGGGCUUUGGGGGGGGGUGUAGAUCAGAUGGUGCUCAGUUUGACAGCGAGCAGCACUGUGCUGACAGAGAGGCCUGAGAACUCUGUUUAGGUAGAUCAAUUCCUUAUAUAAUUCAGUUCUUCUAAAACCUACUGUGGCUAGACUGGUGGCAGCAAUACAGUUGCUAACUCUAGCACUGCAUUCUUGUCGGUCUCGUCUGAGGUGCAGCCGGAUGAUAGGAGCUUUUUUUCUUUAAUGCUAUCUCACUCUUAAGCGUGAGAAGAGAACCCACAUUGCAUGGGUCUUUUAAUAUUAGAGCAGCUCACAUCUUGACACAGACUGAUGGCAUGUUUCCAAAAGCAUUAGACUUUGGUAAAUCUUUUUUGUUUGUUUGUGCUUGUUUGUUUGCUUUGACAAGUUCUCUACUACAAUAGUUAACUCUGGCUGAUUGUACUAUGUUAUGACUAGUGUUUCUUCAUACCUCUUCAUAAACAACCCUUUUAAAAAAAUCAUAAUUUGUCUUUAAGUUGCUCUUUCUUCUACUACUGGGAUCAUAGUAAAGAAUAGUCGAUAGGCCAACAAGAGGUCUGUGUAAAGGAAUUAAGGAAUGAAUAUAAAGAUGGCUAUUGGAGUGUC